GUGGGAUGGAUUAAUAUGAGAGGGAGCAAGUUAGAUUAUCGAAAGUUUUAGUUACUCGAAAAUUAAAAUUACGCGAAGACGAUGAAAGAGAAACAAUUUAAUUCGCCUCGAUCGUUGAUACUAAAUUUCCGUUUACCUUUUAAUUGUUAUCAUUUAUACUAAUCAGCAAGACACAAAUUAAGCAACAAGUUAAUCAACAGUUGAACAAUUAACUUUCUUUCUGUGUUUGUGUUAAUUUGCUUUUCGAUAACCAAAUUAAUUGUAUUUCUGUUUAGUGUUAUUGUUUAUACUUUGUUAACCUUUACCACUCCUUUUAUUGUUACAUAAUUUGGUUUGAUUGCCAACAAUCAAUUGAUUGUCAAUUCUGUGUUCUAUUAACAAAUUGUUUUAAUUGUGUCUCAUUCCAUGUUAAUUGUUAUACUCUGAUGGAUUUAAACAGAUAACUAACCAAGGAUUAAUUUUAAUCUUUCUCUCUCCUUGAUUGUGUUUCCAUCUUUAAAUCAAUUUCUGAUUGUGUUUGUGUCCAUUUUUGGUCAAAUUGUGUCUUCCAUUUUUCCUAAUUUCUUAAUUAUCUUCAGGAUGAUUAGUUAAUUGUGUUGGUUUUCUAUCAUCAAAUUACAACAACAAAUCCGAUUGUGAUUACAAAACCAAAAACUUUAGAUGAUUAGAGAAAGUUGAUUAUAAAUUUCAAUCUAAACAUUAGAUAUAAUUGUUAAUUCAUUUAGAGACUUAAAGAAAUUAUCACAAUUAGAAUUAAAUUUUCACAAUGAGAUUUAAAUUACUACUUAUUUUACUCAUUUUUCCAACAAGGAUACAAUUGAGCUCAUCACAAUUAACAACAACAACAUCAACAAUCACAGAUGUCUUCCAAUUUACCAACGUCAGUGUUGACCCACGGAUGGAGUUUCAAACAGAAAUGCAAAGAUAUGAUGGUUGGUACAACAAUUUAGCUCAUCCAGCCUGGGGAUCAAUAGAAAGUCAAUUAACUCGUAAGGCACCUUCAUCUUAUGCCGAUGGUGUUUACAUGUUGGCGGGCGAGGAUCGGCCCAGUCCUAGAAGCCUAAGUCAGGCCGUUAUGAAGGGUGAAGAUGGGAUUCCGUCAGCACGUAAUUUGACAACAAUAUUUGCCUUUUUUGGUCAAGUUGUUUCAUCCGAAAUACUAAUGGCCAGUGAAUCAGGUUGUCCAAUUGAAAUGAGUAAGAUUAAGAUUGAAAAGUGCGACGAAAUGUAUGAUCGCGACUGUAAGGGUGGCCGAUUUAUGCCCUUCCAUCGGGCAAUGUACGACUCUCGAACUGGACAAUCGCCUAAUCUACCUCGAGAACAGAUCAAUCAAGUGACCAGUUGGAUUGAUGGAAGCUUCGUUUAUUCAACUUCGGAAACCUGGUUGAAUACAAUGAGAUCCUUUAAGAAUGGAUCAUUCAAAGCGGAUGAGAAUAAUUUAUUUCCACCUCGGAAUAGAGAGCGAGCCCCAUUGAAUAAUUCACCGCCAGCUCAUCAUAUUAAAAUGAUUUCACCAGAGAGAAUGUUUCUUCUUGGUGAUCCUCGAUCCAAUCAAAAUCCAGCCUUAUUAGCGUUUGGAUUAUUAUUUUUCCGUUGGCACAAUACAUUAGCUUCACGGAUUCAAGCUGAAUAUCCUCAUUGGUCAGAUGAAGAUAUUUUCCAAAGGGCCAGGCGCCUUGUAAUUGCUAGUCUACAGAAUAUAAUCUUAUACGAGUAUUUGCCAAUCUUAUUGGGUUCCGAUGAACCAGUUACUCCAUAUUCUGGUUAUAAACCCGAUGUUCACCCUGGUGUUAGUCAUGUUUUCCAGUCAGCCGCUUUCCGUUUCGGCCAUACAAUGAUUCCUCCUGGUCUUUAUAGAAGAGAUGCUCAAUGUAAUUUUAUCAAAACUCGCCAUGGACACAAUGGGAUUCGUUUAUGCUCCACUUGGUGGGGAUCUGAGGAAGUGAUACCAGAAAGCGGAUUUGAAGAGCUAUUAAUGGGAUUAUCAUCUCAAAUCGCUGAACGUGAAGAUUCAAUAUUAUGUUCAGACGUUCGUGAUAAAUUGUUUGGACCAUUAGACUUUAGUCGACGUGAUUUAGCGGCAUUAAAUAUAAUGAGAGGUCGAGAUAAUGGCCUGCCCGAUUAUAAUACGGUUCGAAAGGUUUUCGGUCUUCCUAAGUUAAAUUGGUCGGAAAUAAAUCCAAUAUUUUCCGCUAAUAAACCUGAUGUGAUCCGACGGCUUUACGAUCUAUACGAAGGUGAUGUGGACAAUAUUGACCUUUACGUCGGUGGAAUGUUAGAAUCGAAUCCAUUGGAAGGUCGACCUGGUCCUUUAUUCCGACGGAUAAUUAAGGAGCAAUUUGAACGUAUUCGUGAUGCGGACAGAUUUUGGUUCGAGAAUGAAGCAAACGGAAUAUUUUCCACCGAUGAAAUUGAAGAGAUUCGUAAAAUCAGAUUCUGGGAUAUUCUGGUCAAUGCAACCGGAAUUCCGCCUCCAGCCAUACAAAAAGAUGUGUUCCGGUUUCAAGAGGGUGACCCUUGUCCACAACCCGGACAAUUGAACAGUAGUCAACUCGAACCAUGUAUAAUCCUCAAGGGUUGGGACUAUUUCCAUGGGAGUGAAUUACCUUACAUAUUUGUAAUACUUUUGUUAAUUUUCAUUCCAACAACUGUCGCUCUUAUUGGUUAUGGAGUAAUUAAAUUACAGAAUCGUCGCCGUCGACGAUUAAAAGCCCGUCAAGAAAUGGCCGGUGGCAAAGAAUACGAUAAAUUAUAUGUUCGUGAAUGGCUCCACCAGAAUCAUAAGCGAUAUGUAAAGGUCAAGAUUGGACCCGAUGAAUCUUUAUCAACCGUUAAUCGUAAAGGUGAAACCUUGCGAAGAAUUGAUUUUAUCAAUGUUAAUUCAUUAAUUGUUGAGGUAACUCAAGAUUCAGCCAAACCAAUGGUGCUUAUUAGAUCAGCUAGAGAUCAUGAUCUAGUUUUACAAUUUAAUAAUCUCAGUGAACGGAAAAGGUUCCUAUCAAAGUUGGAAAGUUUCUUAUUGAAUCGUAAGAAAACACUGGAAAUCAUUCACACUUAUCGGGAUAUCAUGUUAGCGAAUGCCGAGACCAAAGAGAAACGUCAAAAGCGACUUGAGCACUUUUUCCGUGAAGCAUAUGCAUUGACCUUUGGCCUGAAACCGGGCGAGAAACGUAAAAUAGACUCAGUUUCGAAUGAUGUUAUUAUGGUUAUGAGAACCAGUUUAUCGAAAAAUGAAUUCGCCGAAGCUCUUGGAAUGAAACCUGAUUCGUUGUUCGUCAAGCAAAUGUUCAAUUGUGUCGAUAAAGAUAAAGAUGGUCGAAUAUCAUUCCAAGAAUUCUUAGAUACUGUUGUUCUCUUUUCAAGAGGUAAAACGGAAGACAAGGUUCGAAUCAUUUUCGACAUGUGUGAUCACGAUGGAAAUGGUCUAAUUGACAAGACCGAAUUGACCAAAAUGAUGACCUCACUUGUCGAUAUCGCCAAGACCAAUUCACUUAGUGAGCCACAAGUUCUUGAAUUGAUUCAAGGGAUGUUUGCUGCCAGUGGAUUACAGGAUAAAGAGGAAUUGAAUUACGAUGAUUUCAAGACGAUGAUGAAAGAGUACAGAGGAGAUUUUAUCGCUAUCGGUUUGGACUGUAAGGGUGCGAAGCAAAAUUUCUUGGAUACUUCGACCAAUAUCGCUCGAAUGACCUCUUUCCAGAUCAGUUCGAUUCCCGAACCAGAGCCUUCCUGGAUUCGUAAAAAGUGGAAUUCACUGAUCACCUACUUGGAGGAAAAUCGUCAACAUAUCAUUUAUCUCAUCAUGUUUUUCGUCAUCACAUUUGCACUUUUCUUUGAACGUUACUUUAGUUACUCAUAUUUGACUGAACACACUGACCUGCGUCAUAUUAUGGGCGCCGGUAUUGCCAUAACUCGAGGUUCAGCGGCUGCCUUGUCAUUUUGUUAUUCUCUCCUACUUUUAACAAUGUGUCGAAAUUUGAUCACAAAGGUACGAGAAUAUGCCAUUCAUCAGUAUAUCCCGUUGGAUUCUCAUGUCCAAUUCCAUAAACUUGUCGCCAUGACGGGACUUUUUUUCACCCUUGUCCACACGAUUGGACAUUGUGUCAACUUUUACCACAUCUCAACUCAACCUCUUGAACAUUUAAGAUGCUUAACCAAAGAGAUGCACUUUGAUUCUGAUCAGCGUCCAAACUUUUCGUUCUGGAUCUUUGGUACUGUCACCGGGAUAACGGGAAUCAUUUUGUUCACUCUUGUUAUGAUAAUCUACAUUUUCGCCUAUCCAAGUAUCAGACAAAAGGCUUACAGUUACUUUUGGACCACUCAUAGUCUUUAUGUUUUCCUCUAUGGAUUAUCCUUGUUACAUGGUCUGGCCAAGUUAACGGGUACUCCAAGAUUUUGGGCUUUCUUUGUGAUUCCUGCGGUACUUUUCACCUUGGAUAAAGUGAUUAGCCUCCAAACUAAAUACAUGGAGUUGGACAUUUUGGAAACUGAAUUGUUACCUUCAGAUGUUACUAAAGUUAAAUUUGCUCGACCACCAAACUUUAAGUACCUUUCAGGUCAAUGGGUUCGUCUUUGUUGUACCGCUUUCCGUGCUAAUGAGUAUCAUUCUUUAACCUUGACAUCGGCUCCACAUGAAAAUUACCUUUCUGUUCAUGUUAAAGCUCAUGGACCUUGGACUUGGAAACUUCGAGGUUUCUUUGACCCUUCAAACUAUUCACCAAAUGCACCAGUCCCAAAGAUCAAAUUGGAAGGACCUUUCGGCGGUGGAAAUCAAGAUUGGUACAAGCAUGAGAUCGCUAUCAUGGUCGGUGGUGGAAUAGGUGUUACCCCUUACGCUUCAAUACUUAAUGAUCUUGUCUUUGGAACAUCAACUAAUCGAUACUCAGGAGUGGCCUGUAAAAAGGUCUACUUCCUAUGGAUCUGUGCCUCUCAUCGGCACUUCGAAUGGUUCAUUGAUGUACUUCGAGAUGUUGAAUCGAAAGAUGUUACCAAUGUUCUCGAAGUUCAUAUUUUUAUCACUCAAUUUUUCCAUAAAUUUGAUCUUCGAACCACCAUGUUGUAUAUUUGUGAAAAUCAUUUCCAAAGAAUAUCCAAUCGCAGCAUGUUCACUGGACUCAAAGCGAUCAACCACUUCAGGCGACCUGACAUGAAUGCCUUCCUUAAAUUCAUUCGUAAACAGCAUUCAUACGUUAGUAAAGUCGGUGUUUUCAGCUGUGGACCAACCGCUUUGACCCAAACAAUUAGCGCUGCCUGCGAAUCUGUGAACAAACAACGAAAGUUACCCUACUUUUUACACCAAUUUGAAAAUUUUAAUCGACAAUUUAAUCUUACAAAUAAUUAGAAAUCUAUUUUUUCAAAUCAAUCAACAUCAUCAAAUAUUUAUUAUUCAACAAUUAACUUUCUCUCCUUUCAUCUCAAAGCAAAAAUAACUCGACUCAUUUCCGAUCCUCAAGUUAAUUUGUUUUAAUUGCAAAAAUUAACUGGUGGUUAAUGAAAUUUGUCAUUGAUUGUCUGUGCCAUCAUCAGUUGAAUUGAAGUGUUUCUAAUAACAUUAAUUGGUUAACAAUGAGAGUUAAUUGAUUAGUUAAACAAGUACACCGAUUUUGGAUACUUUUGACUUCCUUUUUUUGUUUUUCUACCAAAAUCCUUUUGAAUUUUCCAAUUGUAAUGAUUAACUUAAUUGUAACAAUUAUUGAAAUUGAUCAACCUGAUGAUAGAUAAUUUUAAUUGUAACUCCUUCACUCAUAAUCAUCAAAGCUGAUUAGAUCUUGUCCUUAAUUACCCUAAUGUAACAUUACAUUUACAUGAUUCAAUCAUCAUUAUUUUAAUUGUAAAUUCAUAUCGAGACUUGAUUGUCACAUCAAAAACCACUCAAACCAAAUCAAUGUAACUCUUGUAACUCAAUGUUUUCAUAAAAAAAUAUUUUCAAUUAAUUAAUUUUUUACAUCUAAAUAAAAGUGAUCAACAAUUAAUAUAACUUGA